GGAGUCGCCAGGGAUGGGGAAGAUGCGGGGCCUCGGGGCUCCUCCAGACCCGCUCGCUCUCGGCGGUGGCGCCUGGAGGUACCGGUCCUCGCGCCCUAGGGCUGCCGCGGGGUUCGCGGGGCCCCUGCCACUGACUGCCCCAUUAGAGCUCGGGGACCUGCCGCCGUCCUGCCUCCCUCCUCGUCCCAGCUGGCGCUAGGGCUCCGGACCCCCCAGAGUGCGGAAAUCGGGGGGCUUAGCGCAAGAGGGGGCGCAGAGAGUGAGUCGUCCCCCACUGGUGGACCCACGGGCUCAGCGCCCUCCCCCAUCUAGACGUUAGGAGCCCCCUCCCCCUCCUCCCCGGAGCCCUCCUCCCGAGCGGCUUGUGGGGGCUUCUCGACCCUGCAGGAGGACCCCACCUCCCCCAGCCCCCCGGCCGAAAGAGGCAAAGCCCCCAAACAGAGGGCAGGGUGUGGCCCCCACCCUUAGCCCACGACUGAGCCCUCUUCCUGAACGACCAGCCUCGGGGCUGAGGCCACGCUCCUGGCCCGGUGCUCUGGGCUGCCGCCUCCCCAGCCUUAGCAAGUUGCUCCCCAGCAGGCCUGCUCCCUGGUGCUGGGCCAGGUGCUGGGCACACACUUGGUGGCCUCUGGCCCCUUCCAGCGCGAGGAGAUCCUGGAAGGAGAUCCUGGCAGGCUCAGCCCUGGGCUGCUCCCUGCAAACAAGCUGUAAACAAGGCUCCCCAGCAGACUCUGGGCAGCUGUGCAAGGAGCUUGGCCUCUCUGAACCUCACUCUCCUUAUCUGUGAAAUGGGAAGGAAGAGCCCUUCCUUUGCAGCGUGGCCAGGAGGAUUGGGUGAGUGCGUGAUGCAUAGUGUGGCUCCCUGCACGCCUUCCUCGAUAUUAGAGGGAAGUGGCUAAGCCAGGUGUCCAAAAAGGGGCAGCAUUUAAGCUGAAGGUGAGGCAGGCCUUCAACAAUGAAUACCCACAAGACUCACAGCUACUGUCAGGCACUGACCCAGCACUUGCAAGCUCCUUGCUUCCCUUGCCGCAGCUGCUUGAAUCCUUUCAACAACCCCGUGUGACCCCACAUCCCUGCCCCCUGGGCCACCUGCAGGACGCCGGCCCCUGCCCCUCAGCAGACGCCGGAGAGAGAUGAGUAGCAGCAAAGAGCAGCGGUCAGCAGUGUUCGUGAUCCUCUUUGCCCUCAUCACCAUCCUCAUCCUCUACAGCUCCAACAGUGCCAAUGAGGUCUUCCAUUAUGGCUCCCUGCGAGGCCGCACCCGCAGGCCUGUCAACCUCAAGAAAUGGAGCAUCAGCGACGGCUACGUCCCAAUUCUUGGCAACAAGACGCUGCCCUCCCGGUGCCACCAGUGUGUGAUUGUCACCAGCUCUAGCCACCUGCUGGGAACCAAGCUGGGCCCUGAGAUCGAGCGAGCCGAGUGCACAAUCCGCAUGAACGACGCGCCCACCACAGGCUACUCAGCCGACGUAGGCAACAAGACCACAUUCCGUGUGGUAGCCCAUUCCAGCGUAUUCCGUGUGCUGCGGAGGCCCCAGGAAUUCGUCAACCGGACCCCCGAAACUGCGUUCAUCUUUUGGGGCCCCCCAAACAAGAUGCAGAAGCCCCAGGGCAGCCUUGUGCGUGUCAUCCAGCGGGCAGGCCUGGUGUUCCCCAACAUGGAGGCCUAUGCCGUCUCUCCCGGCCGCAUGCGCCAAUUUGACGACCUCUUCCGGGGUGAGACGGGCAAGGACAGGGAAAAGUCCCAUUCGUGGUUGAGCACCGGCUGGUUCACCAUGGUGAUUGCAGUGGAGUUGUGUGACCACGUGCACGUCUAUGGCAUGGUCCCCCCUGACUACUGCAGCGGCCCCGUCUGCAACGCAUGCCCUACCACUACUAUGAGCCCAAGGGACCGGAUGAGUGUGUCACCUACAUCCAGAAUGAGCACAGCCGCAAGGGCAACCACCACCGCUUCAUCACGGAGAAGAGGGUCUUCUCAUCCUGGGCCCAGCUGUAUGGAAUCACUUUCUCCCACCCCUCGUGGACCUAGGCCGCCCUGCCUGUGGACCCCUCCUAAGGGACACAGGAGAGGCCUCUCUCCUGCCAGCCACUCAACCAAGGGCCGUCUCCUGGCCAAUCAAGGCUGGUCGGAGCGUCUUCUGGCCAAUCAGGGCCUUGUUGGGGGUAGUAUCCUCUGGCCAGCCAAGGCCCCGGGGGUAUCUCUUGACCAAUCAGGGAUUUGAGCUUCUAUGUGGUUAAUCAGGGGUGUUGGGGGGUAUUUCUCGUCCAGUCAGGGUCUGAGCAUAGUCAAUCAGGGUAUUUCUGAAGUUAUCUGAGGCUAAGGACAUGUGCUUUCCCAUGAGUCCUUGGUCCAGAGCCCCAGGAUGGACCUCCAGUCACUCCCUGUGGCUGGGACGGUGAGGUCCUGUCCUGAGGAGCUGGGAACUUUGUGUUGCUCCCUCACUUCCCAGAGCCAGAAAGAGAAGCUGCAUGGGAGUGGGGCUGUCUGGAGGGCAGGCCAGACCAUUUGGGGGGUUGUGGGGGAUCCUAGAGGUGGGAGCCAGCAUCCGGGUCUUGGCUCUGCCCUGAGUGGCUUUGGACAAAACCCUUGCCCCCUCUCUGGUCGCCCUUCUGCCCGUGUCAGGUUCUAACGUGGAGUCUGAGACCCCCUCCCACUUUCCCCAUUGACCUCCUUGGGUCUGUCCUCCCUGAGACUGGACCCCUCCAGCCACCACCUUUGGCUGGGGGGCUCAGCUCCCUGGGGGACUGGGGUUCCCUUCCUCACCUCCUUCUGGAAACUUAAGGGUAUUUUUGCGCAAACUCCCACAGAGUUUGGGGGGAAUCUAACAGGAAAGGGAUAAACCUUCAGCUGUUUUCUUAGUCCCUCCACUCAGCUGCCAUUAGUUUGGCUCUUAAAGAGCCAGGCUCCCUUUUCUGCCAUCCAGCAGUGAGGAUUUCUACCUAUUGGAGGAGACUUUGGGGCUGAGAAGGGGGGAAUCCCAGCCAAACUGGGGUUUCACAUAGCCCCUUUGCAGCUGCUGUAGUUGUCCAAGGGCCUCCCCUCCGCUGGGCCUGGGAGGGCUCCAGGGGGCCAGGAGCUGUGUUGCCUGGGUUCUGUCCCCUCACUCUACAUCAGGCACUUUAUUGCUGGACCUCAGUGGGGUGGGUUCGCCCCUGCUCUUCCAGAGCCUGGAAGGGAAGACUGGAGGGCUUCCUGGAGGAGGCUGUGGAGUGGAAGGGGUCAGGGGGAGAAGGAAGAGGCCAGCAGCAAGCCUUUGCACAUUGGGGUGGGGGCUGGGGACCGGCAACUACCCCAGACUUGGUUUUGUAACGAUUUGUACAGAAUAAAUGCACCUAAGCUCUG